AUGGAGGAUGCCUCGAGAAGAAACAGAGGUCAUUUCACCUGGUGGCCAUUUGUGGAAGUCGCCGGUUGGGUUUCAGCUGGGUUAUUAGUCCUGAUUGCAGUCGUUGUCUUGCUUGUGUUGAUUGUCAGAAGAAGGCAGCAGUCACAGGAAACCCGAGCCGCUCGUGCCUUAUUGGGUGUCUCUUCCAGGACGCGGGGAGAGCAAACACCCAGCACCUCAGUUCCGGGCAGCUGCAUCAGCAGCAUGUCGGGAAGUGAUGCUAUCACUUCAACGGAGGUGAACAGCCCUUGGAAUAUGCCAUGCCUAGGCAAGAGUCCAAACGUUCCUUGCUGCAUCCGGAUCCUGCACCCUGUCUUUACACUCCUCUGCUGUGGCCUCUAUGUGCUUGCAGACAUCUCAGAGACCGCUGAAGUCAAUGUGGAGCUCCUGGUGGCCGGCGCUCCGCACCAUAGCGACUGGCAAUGGUCGGGGACCAUGGCCACGCUGACGCUCCUCCGAGCCGCCAGGGAUGCCUGGCAUGCCGACGCCAAAGCCACUGCGGUGGUCCUCUUCCUCCUUAAUGGGCUUUGGCCAUUUAUCCAGACCGGCGUGCUGCUGAUCGUUUGGUUUCUACCGGGGAGCUGCCUCAGUCCGUCGAGCCGAGGCUCCUUUCUGCGACUGUUCGCGGCUUUGGGGAAGUGUGGUCUGUCUUUUCCAUGGCUCAUCUCCAUUUGGGCUGCACUUUGCCAACUGCGGUGGCGAGGUCGCCAAGUGUCUGCUGACUUCAGUAUGUCUCUGGACAGGGGGCUUUUCCUCUUCCUCGGAGCUGCCAUCUUGACCAACGUGUUAGGGUACGCUGCCGAUCACUACCACUACCUGUCGUCCAGAUCGCUGUCGACUUCGCCAUGGGCACGAAGUGGGAGAUGCGUGGGAAGGUACAGCGCCAGCUCUCCCUUGAAAGCUUACUCUGAAUGGAGGCACUGGCCAACCAUCCUGUGUCCGCUUGUGGCCGUGGCCACUGCAGGGUCUGCUUACAUCACGGCGUUCUCCGUCUCGCUCACUGGAUCCACGUCGCACGUGCUGACGGCUGCAAAUGCGAAAGCUCGACUGGAGUACAUCAGGAGCUACAGCCUGCUCUCCUUCGGCUUGCAGUUUCCAGACGUUUCGGCAGCAGAAGUGGGCUCCAGGCUGUUGCAGGUGACCUUCCUGGUCACCUCCUUGAUGGCACCAAUGCUGCUAGCAGGCGUGCUGUGGGCGGUUUGGAUAUUGCCACUGCAGCCCCACAUGCAGAACGGGCUGCUGAAGUUGGGCUAUGCUCUUGAUGCAUGGGUGGCGCUGGAUGUCUUCGUGGCUGUCGUCGCCGUGGCAGCCCUGGACUUCGGAAAGAUGACGACGUACUUCACUCACGAGGGUGCUAUGCUCGAAGCGUGUACGUGGAUGGAGAGGGAGCUCUCUCGACAAGCGUGUGUGGGUGCCAACGUGAAGCUUGAGAAAGGCUUUGUGCUACUCGCUGCUUCCGCCAUUGCCCUUUUGAUAGUGCCCAAGGUGGUGCUCCGAGCUUGCAGCAAGGCGGCUCAGCAACGGGAUGAGUUGAAUGGCAGAGCCCGGGCAUCUUCGGCCCUGGCAGUCAACGACGCCAAGCCUGGAUUGCCCCUGGAAGGCGUCACGAUGGUCUUCACGGGCGAGAUGGAUGCAAUCACACGCCAAGACGCCGAGGAGAAAGCCAAGGCAGCCGGUGCCAAGGUGAUGUCAGGCGUCUCCGGCAACGUGCAGUACUUGGUGGCCGGUUCCAGACUGGAUGAUGGCCGACCUGUCGAAGAGACGUCGAAGUACCGGAAGAUGAUGGAGCUGAAAGAGAAGGGUAAGAAACACCCGGAACUGCUCACGGAGGCUCAAUUCCUGGCCUUGUUGCCUGGCGCAUGCGCUGCCAGAGCAGCACUGCCGACGUUCGAGGAAGCGACUGUGCAGGUGCCUAAAACAGGCCCCGUCGGCCAAAAUUGGGUCGACCAUUUUGCGCCCAAGUCGCUUGACCAGCUUGUGGGCAACGCCAGCAUAGUCAGGAAGCUGACCGAAUGGCUUCGAGACUGGGACGAUGUGGUUUUGAAGGGCAGGACCAAGAAGGUGCCUUUCAAACCAGGCGGUGGCAUGCCAGAGAACAUCAAUGCACGGGCUGCGCUGAUCAGUGGCCCACCUGGCAUCGGCAAAACCACGACCUGCCGGCUCGUGGCCAAGCUCCACGGCGGCUACGAGGUCCUCGAGUUCAAUGCUUCCGAUGCACGUGGGCAGAAGAUUGUCCAGGAUAUGGCCUCGGGUAUUGCCGACAACCGAACCCUCAGCUUCGGCGACGUGGGUGCAAAGAAGGUGCCGGCAUUGACCAAGAAGGCGAUCAUCAUCAUGGAUGAGGUGGACGGUAUGGGCGCCGGUGACCGGGGCGGCAUGGCGGCUUUGGGCAGGAUGAUCAAGAAGACGCGCAAUCCCAUCAUGUGCAUCUGCAACGAUUCCCACAGCCCGAAGGAUAAGGCGGGGCAUGAGGGCAGGUUGCGUAUGGAAGCUGGACAGACAUGCAGGUUCAGCUGCUACGAUCUGAAGUUUUCCAGGCCGACGAAGAACACCGUCGCGCAGCGCUGCGUCCCGGGCCCGGGAAAAGCCGUCUGCGAGCAACAUGAGCCUAUACCGUAUUGUACUAUAUUAUAUUAUAAUGUAUAG